AGAGAUCACUCGCCCAACCUCUUAAAGCGAAUCAGCUGUUUGUAAACAAUAGUCAAGAGCCUCGUGUGGUUUCUCUGUGGUUGCCUGGUGGGUCAUCCUGGCCCCAACGUUGAUCUUCCGGCCCGUGAACCUGUCAGUCGCCCACCGGCCGACAUCAUGUCCAAGCAUCGACUAGACGUGGACCUGGGGGGCCCGUCCAAGAACAAGCGGUCCAAAACCGAAGGCAGUCUAGGCUCGGGCGUCGUGGGGGCGUCCGCCACGCCCAACGCCAGCGCCCACGUCACGCCUGGACUCGCGCUCAAAUCAGGGCCAAGCUUGAACCCACACACGGGCUUGCCCUUUACCCCCAGAUAUCAUGAGAUCUUCAAAAAACGGAAAGCCCUGCCCGUUUGGGAGUAUCAAGACAAGUUCCUGGACUUGUUGCAAAAGCAUCAAAUCCUGUGUCUUGUGGGCGAGACCGGCUCCGGUAAGACCACGCAAAUCCCCCAAUGGUGCGUGGACUUCUCUAAGAAGGUGGGCAAGAAAUGCUGCGCGUGCACGCAACCCCGGCGAGUGGCCGCCAUGUCUGUGGCUCAACGGGUGGCCGAGGAAAUGGACGUGUCCUUGGGCCAAGAGGUGGGCUACUCGAUUCGUUUCGAGGAUUGCUCCGGACCCAAGACCCUGCUGAAGUACAUGACCGAUGGUAUGUUGCUGCGCGAGGCCAUGUCCGAUCCUAUGCUGGAAAACUACCAGGUCAUCCUUUUGGAUGAGGCCCACGAGCGGACCCUGUCCACGGACAUCUUGAUGGGCGUGCUCAAGACCGUGAUUGGCCACCGACCCGACCUUAAGUUGGUCAUUAUGAGCGCUACGUUGGACGCCGGCAAGUUCCAGAACUACUUUGACAACGCACCCUUGAUGAACGUGCCCGGACGAACCCAUCCCGUGGAGAUCUUCUACACACCAGAACCAGAGCGUGAUUACUUGGAGGCCGCCAUUCGAACGGUUAUUCAGAUCCACAUGUGCGAAGAAGAGGCCGGGGACAUCCUCAUGUUCCUGACGGGUCAGGAAGAGAUUGAAGAGGCGUGCAAACGGAUCAAACGCGAAAUCGAUAACUUGGGACCCGAUGCCGGCGACCUCAAGUGCAUUCCGUUGUAUUCGACCUUGCCUCCUAAUUUGCAACAGAGGAUCUUCGAGGCCGCUCCGCCUCGCAAAUCCAAUGGCGCCAUUGGACGGAAGGUGGUCGUGUCGACGAAUAUCGCCGAGACCUCUUUGACCAUUGACGGGGUAGUGUUCGUCAUUGAUCCCGGGUUUUCCAAGCAAAAGGUCUACAACCCUCGGAUCCGAGUGGAAUCUCUGCUCGUGUCGCCCAUCAGUAAAGCGUCGGCCCAACAAAGAGCGGGUCGCGCGGGUCGCACCAAACCGGGCAAAUGUUUCCGAUUGUACACAGAAAAGGCUUUUAAGAACGAGAUGCAAGAGAACACCUAUCCCGAGAUCCUGCGGUCCAAUUUGGGAUCGGUGGUUCUGCAAUUGAAGAAGCUCGGGAUUGACGAUCUGGUCCACUUUGACUUCAUGGACCCACCCGCUCCAGAGACGCUGAUGCGAGCUUUGGAGCUUCUGAAUUACUUGGCCGCCUUAGAUGACGACGGUAACCUGACGGAGUUGGGCGCCAUCAUGGCUGAGUUCCCGCUGGACCCUCAAUUGGCCAAGAUGCUGAUUGCCUCGUGCGAAAAUAAUUGCUCCAACGAGAUCCUCUCGGUUACGGCCAUGCUCUCGGUUCCGCAAUGCUUCGUCCGACCCAACGAGGCCAAGAAAGCUGCCGAUGACUCAAAGCUUCGCUUUGCCCAUAUUGAUGGUGACCACCUGACCCAGUUGAACGUGUAUCAUGCCUUCAAGCAGAACAUGGAGGACCCGCAGUGGUGUUACGACAACUUCGUCAACUACCGAUCCCUCAAAUCUGCCGACAACGUUCGCCAGCAGCUCUGCCGAAUCAUGGACCGAUUCAAUUUGAAGCGCACGUCCACCGAGUUCACCUCCAAAGACUACUACAUCAACAUCCGCAAGGCUCUGUGUGCGGGUUUCUUCAUGCAAGUGGCUCACUUGGAGCGAACAGGACACUACCUGACCGUGAAGGACAAUCAAAUCGUCCAAUUGCAUCCAUCCACGUGCUUGGAUCACAAGCCCGAAUGGGUCCUGUACAACGAGUUCGUGCUCACCACCAAGAACUACAUCCGAACCGUGACGGAUGUCAAACCCGAUUGGUUGGUCAAGACGGCUCCGCAGUACUACGACAUGGACAAUUUCCCGACCUGCGAGGCCAAACGCCAAUUGGAGCAGAUCAUCGCACGGGUCAACUCCCGACAAUACAAGAAAGGCUUCUAGGAGCGAUGGAACAGCCAUUCAUCCAUGCAUCAUCUAAUCCUCGUGUUUGUGCAUUUGGGGAUUUGCCGACUGUUUGUACCCCCCAUUCAUUUCCCGUUUGAACCCACGUGAAGAUGAUGAAAGUGUCCACUACCGAUCCGAUCUAGCCCUGUAUUUGGAUGAAUGAAUGAAUAAAUGAACAAAUAAUUGAAUGUAUGCUUAUA